AUGGUUGUUGUUUCCCAAGUAAUGUUUGGCUGCAGUACUAUUGUCCAAGAAUAUAUUAAGGAUGGUAUCAACGGAGUCUUUGGCCUUGGACCAGAAAAUAUUUCUAUGGCAAGGCAACUAGGAAACAAAUUCUCCAAUUGCAUUGGUGAUUUUUUUGAUCCUAACUACAUUUAUAACCGGUUGAUCUUAGGAGACGGAGCAAACAUGGAUGGCUAUGCAACACCCUUGGAAAUGAGUGAAGCCCAUUACUACCUAAAUCUACAAGGAAAAGACAUCGGGCUUAAUGAGCUUGAUAUUGAUGAGGGUGUGUUCAGGAGAAACGUAACAGAUCAAAGCAAGCUGAUUGGAGUAAUCAUAGACUCGGGCACUCCCGCCACUUGGCUGAUUGACCAAGCCCAUGAUAGGUUUAGGAAUGAAGGGAGGCGUACAUUGGCUCGUUUAGUCGUAGAAUACAUGGGUGAAUGUGUAUAUUGUUUUUGCUUUAAGGGAAACAUGACUCAAGAACUACUGGGCUUUCCAAAUGUGAUCUGCCACUUUAGUGACGGAGCUGAUUUGCAAGUGGGGUUUAAUGGUAUAUUUUAUCAACAUAAUUCAUCUAUAUUCUGCAUGGCUGUUUUUCCAAGCUCUCAGCUACCAGAAGAGCAUUUUCGAUAUGUCACCAUCAUAGGCGUGAUGGCUCAGCAAAAUUAUAACGUGGGUUAUGAUUUGCUUGCCAAAAAAUUAUAUUUUCAAUCCAUUGAUUGUCAACUUUACGUUGAUUAG